GGGAAUUUGCAAGUGGCAUUAAAGUAAAACUUUGCUGAUCUGAAUAAAGCUGGUUAACAUGAAACUCACUGGAAUCAUCUGCAUCCAGGAGUGCUAUGGAGCAAUUUUCAACAUAGAGAAGGAAUUGUUACAUGUGUCUGGUAAUAGAAGACAGUAUUUCACUGGCAUACUGAGGCGGGUAGCAACACCCUGGCGCCAAACCUCUAACUCUAAAGUGAACGGAAAUGCUGGAGCACUGAAUGAAAAAAGUAUGAGAGCAGUGGUGACAGGAGGUGGAGGCUAUUUUGGAUACAAGCUGGGAUGUGCUCUUGCCAACGCAGGAGCUUCUGUUGUUCUGUAUGACAUCCACAAGCCUAUCUGGGAAAUUCCCAAUGGAGUAGUGUGUAUCCAGGCAGAUGUCAGAGAUUAUGAUGCCAUAUUUGUAGCCUGUGAAGGGGCUGACUGUGUGUUUCAUGUAGCUUCAUAUGGAAUGUCAGGAAGAGAGCAAUUGCACAGAGAAGAGAUUGAAACUGUAAACAUUAAUGGAACAAGAUUUAUCAUUGAUGCCUGCAAACAAAGGAACAUCGCUAGAUUGAUAUACACCAGUACAGUAAACGUGGUGUUUGGAGGGCUUCCUAUUGAAGAUGGUGAUGAGGAAACUGUGCCAUAUUUUCCAAUUGAAAAGCAUGUUGAUCAUUAUUCCAGAAGCAAAUCAAUUGCAGAACAAAUGGUUCUAGCAGCUAAUGGAACUCCACUAGCAGGAGGUGGAAUACUCUAUACGUGUGUUCUUCGCCCACCAGGGAUCUAUGGACCAGAAGAGCAAAGACACUUGCCAAGGCUAGCAAAGAAUAUUGAAAGAGGGCUACUUAGCUUCAAGUUUGGGGAUCCUUCUGCUAAAAUGAACUGGGUGCACGCAGAGAAUCUUGUACAAGCUCAGAUUCUGGCUGCUGAAGCUCUCACCCCUGAAAAGAACUAUAUAGCUAGUGGCCAGGUGUAUUUCAUUAAUGAUGGCGAAAAAUGCAACCUUUUUGAAUGGUUAACUCCGCUUUUUGAAAGAUUAGGUUGCAGUAAACCAUGGAUACGUAUUCCUACUUCCUUAGUUUAUGCAUCAGCCAUGAUGAUGGAAUACCUUCAUCUGAUGCUGAAACCCUUUGUUGAACUGUCCCCACUGCUGACCAGAAAUGAGGUACAGAACAUUUCUAUAACUCAUACUUUUCGGAUAGACAAGGCACGGAGUCAGCUAGGGUACAGCCCAGAGAAGUUUGCAUUUGCUGAUUCUGUGGACCAUUACAUUAAAACAAGACCAGAAGCCCAGAAUCAUCACGUCUUCCUCAAAGUUUUGCUUUCUUUAAUUGUUAGUUUAAGUUUGAUCUUUCUUUCUUUAAGAUUUGACGGCCUUUCAGUUUUGCAUUUUUUUAAAGAAACACAACACUGA